AUGCCUCUGGUUUCUCAGCUGAAUCAAAAUACACCGACUGUUCAGAUCGCCUCUGUUCUUCCUUCGGCUGUGUCAUCUUCAACAAAUAAUCAAUGUUCGUCAUCUGGAUUAGGAAUGCACAUUCCUGCUGAUGCUCAAGGAGUUAAUCUGCAUUCCCAUUCUGUUUUGAUUCCUCCAUCUAAGUCAUCUUCUCAAGAUCCUUCGAUAGACCGAAUUCUGCCAAAAACUCAGAUCCCGAUUCCUGGAAGAGAUUCUCAGGUUCCUCUUGUUACAUCGAAUGCUCAGAAUCCUUCUACUUUUCAAGUUCCUUCAUCUCCAAUUCUAUUUGGUUCCUUGAAUGCUGUUAUUGAAAAUGGUUUAUCUUCUGUUAUUAUGAUGAGUAUUAAUGAUGCUGCAAAUCCAAAUAAUACAACUGUUGAUGUUGAUUUGGGAAAUGCAAGGGAGAUCGGAAUGGAGGACAUGGAAAAUGGUAGAAAUAUGGCUGUAUUGGGACAGAUAUUCAGUGCUGAUAAGAGUACUGAUAUUGGAGCAUCUGCUGCUGAUGAAUUGAUUACUGAACCAGUUCCACAGGAUAUGAUUAAUGCUUUUAAUAUAAAGCCUGGAUCAGCUGAUGACAUUAAGGGUAAAGAGUUAUUAAGUGAGCUAAAAAUUCAGAAUCCUUUUUCUUUAAUCAUUAAGCAUGGUUUGUCAUCAAAUCAGAUUGUGGUGGAAUCAGAUUCUCAGACAUUAGUUAAAAUGGUGAUGGGCUUAGCUGCUUUUCCAUGGAGGGUGGUUGAUCAGACUUUCUCCUAUCAUCCUGCUCUCUUUUACGCUUCAUUUUGGAUUGAUAGGAGGAAU